AUGGAACUUUGGUCCCUCAUGCAUUUUCUGAUGCCUCAUGUAUUUCAGUCUCAUCAAGAGUUCAAGGAUUGGUUCUGCAAUCCAAUUUCUGGGAUGGUGGAAGGCCAAGAUAAAGUAAACAAAGAAGUUAUAGAUCGAUUGCAUAAUGUCCUUCGUCCAUUUAUACUGCGCCGACUGAAAAGGGAUGUUGAGAAACAGUUACCAAGGAAGCAUGAGCAUGUCAUAUAUUGCCGACUUUCUAGAAGGCAAAGGAACUUGUAUGAAGAUUUUAUCGCUAGCUCAGAGACACAAGCAACACUGGCAAGUGGGAAUUAUUUUGGCAUGAUAAGCAUCAUUAUGCAACUUAGAAAGGUCUGUAACCAUCCAGAUCUUUUUGAAGGUCGCCCAAUAAUAAGCUCAUUUGAUAUGGCUGGGAUUAACAUGCAGCUCAGCUAUUCAGUCUGCAUGCUCCUUGAUAAGAGUCCAUUUUCUCAGGUGGACCUGUCUGAUAUGAAUUUUGUGUUUACUCAAAAUGAAUUUAGCAUGAGUUCCUGGGAAGCUGACGAGGUCAUCUCUGCCUUUCCUUCAAGUAUCACCUCCAGGAAUUGUGACUUGGAUAUUUUUUGCUCUAAUAAGGAUCAUGAGGGAAGUAAUUUGACAAACAUUUUUGAAGAUAUUCAGAAAGCCCUACAGGAGGAGAGAAUAAAGGAAUCCAGAGAAAGGGCAGCUUCCAUUGCAUGGUGGAAUAGGGUUAGAUGCCAAAAGAGGCCUGUCUAUGGCACAAACACGAGACAUGUUUUGACUGUAAAUCAUCCUGUAUCAGAUAUUCUUGAUAAGAGGAACAACCCUUUGUGCCACUUGGGCUAUUCAUCAAGCCUUGCAGAUCUUGUUCUUCCAUCUGUGGAACGCUUUCAGAAAAUGCUUGAUAUUGUUGAAUCAUUUACAUUCGCAAUUCCUGCUGCUCGAGCUCCUCCACCUGUUUGCUGGUGCAGCAAAGGAAAGUCUCCUGUUUUUAUUGAUCCGGAAUAUAGAGAAAAAUGCAUGAACAAGUUUUCUCCCACUCUGUCUCCUAUAAGGUCUGCUAUUGUUCGUCGUCAAGUCUACUUUCCUGAUAGGCGUUUGAUCCAGUUUGAUUGUGGGAAGUUGCAGGAACUUGCAAUUCUGUUAAGGCGUUUGAAGUCAGAAGGGCACAGGGCCUUGAUAUUUACUCAGAUGACUAAGAUGCUUGACGUCUUGGAAGAGUUCAUAAAUUUAUAUGGGUAUACAUAUUUACGUUUAGAUGGUUCUACUCCCCCUGAAGAGAGGCAGACUCUGAUGCAGAGGUUCAACACAAACCCAAAGUUUUUCCUUUUCAUUUUGUCCACUCGUAGUGGUGGUGUGGGAAUCAACCUUGUAGGUGCAGACACUGUGAUCUUCUAUGACAGUGAUUGGAACCCUGCAAUGGACCUACAAGCACAGGACAGAUGCCACAGGAUUGGUCAGACUCGUGAAGUUCACAUAUAUAGACUCAUUAGUGAAAGCACUAUAGAGGAGAACAUUCUCAAGAAAGCAAAUCAGAAACGAGCUCUUGAUGAUUUAGUGAUACAACGUGGUAGCUACAAUACGGAAUUCUUCAAGAAACUUGAUCCUAUGGAGUUCUUUUCCGGGCACACGUCUCUCCAUGCGGAAGAUCAGGAGAAGAAUUGCUCUACAACCGCGGGAGCUUCAAAUGAUGUGGAUCUGGCUCUGUCAAAUGCAGAUGUUGAAGCAGCUAUCAGACAGGCAGAAGAUGAAGCUGACUAUAUGGCUCUCAAGAAGCUGGAGGAGGAAGAAGCCGUGGACAAUCAAGAAUUCAGUGAGGAGGUUGCCGGCAGACCAGAGGAGGAUGAAUUGGUUAAUGAGGAGGAUGGAAAACCUGAUGAGCACAUUAAUGAAGAACACAAAUACAACUCUUCUGAUGUAGAGAAGGAGAAGCACAUUACUUUGUCUACCAAGCGAUUGAGCGAUGAAAAGGCUCUUACAUUGGCAUGUGAUGAAGAUACUGACAUGCUUGCUGAUGUGAAACAGAUGGCAGCUGCAGCAGCUGCAGCAGGGCAAGCAAGUUCAUCUUUUGAGAACCAGCUCCGGCCAAUUGAUAGAUAUGCAAUGCGCUUUAUGGAACUCUGGGAUCCAGUAAUUGACAAAGCUGCUGUGAAUCAUCAAGUAAAUGUUGAGGAGGAAGAAUGGGAGCUUGAUCGUAUUGAAAAACUCAAAGAGGAUUUGGAAGCAGAAAUUGAUGAAGACCAAGAACCACUGUCUUAUGAAUCAUGGGAUGUUGAUUUUGCUACAACAGCCUAUCGGCAACAUGUUGAGGCUUUAGCUCAAAAGCAGUUGUUGGAAGAACAGGAAAGACAGGCCCAGGAAGCGGCAAAAGAGUUGGAGGAGAAGAAUGAUAAUAUGAGCAGUCACCGCAGAAAGUCAAAAAAGAACAAAAAGAAAACAGGCAAAUUCAAGUCCCUGAAAAGAGUGCGUUUGUCGUCUGAAUCAGAAGUCGUACUGGAGGAAACCUCUGUAGAUACAAUGAGCAUUGAUGACAAUGCACCCUCACCUGAGCUUAUAAGUGAUGAAUCGCCACACCAUUAUUCUAACAAGCGUAAGAAGAUUAUGUCUGCUACUGAGGAAGAUAGUAACAGCAGAAGUUUAAAGAAGUUUAAGAAAACUACUAAGUCAAGUUUUAUUUCUGAAGCCUUGUCACCUAGGCUGAAGGAGGAUCUCAAUGAUUCAGAUCCAAAAUCAAUGGCUAGAACUAAAAGUGAUGGCAGAAUUUCCAUCCCCUUUAUGCCAGUAAAACGGGUUAUUGUAAUAAAGCCUGAGAGAUUGAAAAGGAAGGGAAUAUGGUCUCGAGAUUGUGCUUCAGACUCAUGGACAUCUGAGGAAGAUGCAGUUCUUUGUGGAACUGUGCAUGAGUAUGGUCCUCUUUGGGAAUUGGCAAGUGAUUUUCUUCAUUCCUUGCCAGGUGGGUCCUAUAGGGGAAGAUAUCAUCAUCCUGUGCAUUGCUGUGAGAGAUACAGAGAACUGUUCUGCAAACAUGCAAUAUCAGCAACAGAUAAUUCUAACAGUGAAAAGGUUCCUUCUGGGACUGGAAAGGCUAUACUUAGAGUAUCUGAGGAUCAAGCUCAGAUGUUGGUGAAUGUGACCAGUGAACUUCCUAACAAUGAAUUGCUUCUCCAGAAACACUUCAUGGCUGUAAUUUCGUCUGUCUGGAGAUCAAAAUGUCGCCGUGAUCCCUGCUGUUUUACGAAUACUUACUCUAGUGCAUUACAUAUGUUUUCUCCUGUGAAGAAGCCUGGUGGAUCAAGUGAGAACUGGCCCAUGGUAAACUUUAGACCAAGCUUCAAUCUAGUUAGGAAAGCCCUUGCAGAUGCUCAGGCUAAGUCUACACUAAUGGUGAUUCCACCACCGUCAAGAAAUCAGGAAUACUGGCGGAAUUAUUUAGAAUUAGAGUUAGAUUUCUUGAAAGAUCAACAUGCUUAUGAGGAAGACUUCCCAUCUGUAAUAAAUGUGUCCAUACUGGAACCAGAACCAUCCAAACAGGCUCCAGAGCCAGUGGAACAAUCGUUAUUGUCUGGACUUUCUUUUAGACAAGCUGAGAACCGACUCAGGAUAGCAUCAGAAGCUUGUUAUGAUGGUGAUAGUUCUCAUUGGGCAUCAUCAGCUUUCCACAUAAAUGAUGCCACCCGCCAUAAAUCUGGUUCAAAGUCCAUAGGAAAGCACAAAGCAGCAUCGGAAUCUGGUAGACCUACCAAAUCCAAAGUCCAGAAGAUUACUGAAUCGCAUCAGGAAGGGCCAACUGUCAUGAGUAAUUUUCUCCAUAUGCCUGCUCAACUAUUGCCAAGUACAGCUGACUUCCACAUUAGUGACUCCCUAUCUGAAUUUGGUAUCAGCGAUUCUGAAUUCUACUACUCCGAGGAUCUCUUGCAAGAGGUCGACGAUCUCGAGUUCUUCCCAGAUCAGGGUGACUCUGGUCUCCUUCCUGGUAUUGAAGAGUUAGAACCUCUUUCAGAUUUCACAGAUAUCGGAUGA